GUUGAGACUUUCUAGAUUUCAGUAAGGUGAUGUACACUGUUGAGUUCACACGGCUUCGCUUGGGGAUUUCCGUAUACAAAAAUUUAAUUUUCCAGUUUUUUUUUCGGAACAAACAGUUGAAAUUUUCUUUUAACUUCAGGACAAGCGUUCUGUCGCUGUCGCCGAGUGUGGUUCGGUGGAAGGCGCGCACAAGAAUUGUGCGUCUCGAGUUCAGUCGUUGUUACAACUCGAGUGCGACCGAACUCGCUGCGCUAAUUAUUGAUCAAGAAAAUAAUACACGUUAUACACCAAUCAGUUUUCCAACUUGAUUUAUUACAACAAUGCCACGAACACGCAGGGGCGCUAAUUUGAGUCGUCAAACAAACAGAUCUAGAGGCAUGCAAGAUAGAAGAGCAAUAAGAUCAGAUGCAGAAAGGCAACAAAGUAAUGCAGAUGUCCGUGUAAGAGUGGCGCAGUUACGAGAUGAGCGAAACCAACAAAGACAAUUGGAACGAAGAGAAGCGCGCAGAUUCGUAGCCAACAGACGUAGAGGGAUUGACCAACAUCAACAAGUACUUCGAGCAUUUACAUCACAUUCAUUUCUUCGACUAGCAUUUCAGUAUGAGCCUGAUGUUGAAUAUUACGCUCAUUCCAAAGUGGUAAUUGGUACAUUGGACAAGGAAUGCCCGCACUUGGGAUGUGUUGCUCAUCAGGAAAAGUGAAACUUCCAGAAAUUGAAACACCGCCGGAACCAUUGCACGGCCUCCUUAUUGGUACUGAUCCAAAUUCUUCGCUGUUCUUGCGUUCAAUUCGGCAAUUCAAUUCAUGUUUUCAAAUGACAAAUCACCUCAAGGGACAAGACGGAUAUUGCAUAAACCUUAAGCAACGAGAUCCGGUAACAGCAAUAAAAUUACCAACCGCAAUUUUAAUUUUUCAAAAGCGGGCACAGCGAAGCGUGGCAGGGCAUGUGAACAUGCGCGUUCAAACGCUUCAGGAUCCAUCCGCCGAAACUUUUUCGAAACAGCUAUUAGAUAUUGGCAAUGGGAAAGUUGCCGUACAUGAAAAUACUGGAUCAAUAAAAUUACCAACCGGUUUUUGCACAAUCGUCCACUCGCAAGAUGUUCUCAUCGACUGUAUAUUUCCCGAUGUACACACACAAUAUAUAAAUCUUGAGUGGCUGGCAGAAAGAGCCAUUUUAGCAGCGAAAAAUGUGGACGUUCAUGGAUUAAAUUUCAAGAUACAACAAUUGUUGCCAACAGACUCUGUGUCAUACAAAUCUGUUGAUACAGUUUGCAAUACUAUCGAAGCUGUAAAUUACCCAGUAGAAUUUUUGAAUUCCUUGGAUUUGCCAGGCAUGCCACCGCACCAAUUACAAUUGAAAGUAGGAUCUCCGGUGAUUUUGCUCCGUAACUUGAACCCACCACGGCUGUGCAAUGGCACACGAUUGGUUAUUAAAAAAUUAAUGAAGAACGUGAUUGAGGCCACCAUUUUAAAUGGCAAGUUUCAAGCUAAAAGGUAACACGAAAUUCUUUGACUGCUAGGCGUUACGAAGUUC